UGCAACAUCUGCGGCCUUUGCGCCGGCCCCCGAUCGGACGCUUCCAGGACGCUGCUAGGGCGCUGCAAGCCCAUCAAUGAAAGGCUGUCGCUUUGUAUUCUAGAAAUAAUCUCCUCGCAUGACCGACGACAAGCCAACCGACGGCCGACGGCUGGAGGAUAUAACCGAAGGGGAGGUCGUCCGUGGACGGCAGCGGCACUCAGACAUGGCGGCGGACGUGCGAUCCCCGAUGAGCGAGCCGGGAUCUCUCACAUCGCCGAGUGCAAACCGCACCUCGCUACCACCGUUAGUCACGUCCCCGCCAUCCAAAGCCAAACUGGAGCGGGCGAGCUCAUACAUCAACGCGACCAAGCGCCUGUCAACCUUCUCCAACACGUCUAAUGCCCAAUCGGUCCGAUCACGGCCCCAGUCGACAGCGUUCCCCAUCUUCCACUCCAGUCUCCCAUACACACUAGUGCGCGACUUUGCGUAUGGCCCCCUCCACCCUCUCUUCUAUGGGCCCCUCCCCGAACAGCCCUCCAACAUCUCAACGCCAGCGAGCGAGGUCAGCAGGAGGCUGUCGGAUCCGCCACCAGUGGCGUGGCGUGGCGACAGCGGUGGAUGGUCUGCUGGCACAUGGGAGCCCGGUGAGCAGUUGCCACAGACUGCGUAUGGUGACGGCCCGCCAUGGAGCGAGGAUGAAGACAUUCACAGCCCCAAAGUGACGAGCCACGCGCGACACAAGAAGCAUAAAUCCAAUGUCGUAGACUUUGAUCAGACUAGAGGGCGGAGGGGGUUCAACGAGGAGUACCGCCGAGGAUCAUAUUCUGGCUCAAACGGUGAUGGCAGUCAGGUCUAUUACGUCAGCGACCUCAGUGAAGCUAAUGGACCUGGAGGCGAGUACAUCACAUACCCUCCUUCAUCACAGAGCCAGGCAGUGCCUUCCCUCAACGUUCCUGCUGGCGAAUCACGUCGAGACUCGCACUUUGCCGCAAUCCUUCCACAGCGUGCCUAUGCAGAUGCCCAAGCUCCGCUGAUGUUUGACUCAGAUGAGGAUAUGUCGGAGCCAGGGGACUUCUUGAAUGACGAGAGCCGGUUUUCACGGGAUUACCAAUUCACCAUCGCGUCGCCGGAGGAGGAGAUGCACGGUAAGGCCGUGGCUUUGUUCGACUUUGUCCGGGAAAACGACAAUGAAUUGCCGCUUGUGGAAGGACAGGUGAUACUAGUCUCAUAUCGACACGGGCAAGGCUGGCUUGUUGCACAAGAUCCAAAGACGGGCGAGAGCGGACUGGUUCCGGAAGAGUAUGUCCGCCUGCUUCGCGACAUCGAGGGUGGCUGGAACGGCUUGAUGAACGGCACAGCCACUCAGGAAUCCAGCAAUGGCAAUGGCCACGAAGGACUUCUCUCGCCGGUGUCCGCCGGGCCAGAAGCGAAGACUCCUACACAGGCCGACCAUCGCACGUACACUCCGGUCAUUUCGACAUUUUCCACAAGCACAAAAGAUCUGGAACCCUACCCCAAGGAGAUGCUUGGCACACCAACGCAAUCAGAAGCGGCAGGCUUCUCGAAGCCCGGGGAGUCAUCCAGGGAGAAGCCUGCGGUGGAAGGCAAGCGCGAAGCGGGGCCGAUGGAAGGCGUUGAAGCGAGUCCAGAGCCCACCUCUCAACAGAAGCAAAGCCAAGGCGCGACCUCAUGAACAUGUCUGGGAUCUGAGCUCUUCCGCAGGUUCCCCCCCCCACACACACAUCAAAAUAAUUAAAAAAAUAUCCAAUCCUGGGAUACUUCUUUACGACCAACACCUUCGAUCAUUGUCUUCCUCAACCGCCUUCAGCCCGCAUCGGCGGCGUCAUGGUUCUCGAUUUCAGGUCCUCGAUUGCAUACCAGUCCGGACUGGGCUUUUCCAACACCCUCAACCACCACCCCCGCCACCCUUUUCACGACAUUCGCUUCACCACAAUGUUUUAACGAUCAGCUUUUUUACCACUGCAUUUGUUCGCUUCGGGGGGUUUA